GAGACCUGCGAUUCCAGAUACAAAACUAUCCCCCGACUUAUGAGCUCAGCUGACUGGCCACAGACACGCAAAGGAAGUGGUUUACUGUCAACACAAGUUGAUGAAAAUCCUCACUGGUAUAAUGCCAAUAUUGUGUUUGUUCCCUAUUGUUCAAGUGAUGUGUGGAGUGGUAACAAAGCAGCAUUAAAGUCCAAACAGGCAAAAGAAACAGAAUAUGCUUUUAUGGGAUCUCAAAUCAUUCGGGAAGUGAUCAAAGAUCUUGCCCCAAAAGGACUGAAACAAGCCAAAGUUGUGAUGUUGGCAGGAACAAG